AUGGCAAGUUCGAUGGCUGCUGUCUCGCGCAAGCUCUACCGCUCCCUUCUCUCAAGCUCCAAAUUGUCUCAGAUUUCCAUGCCUUUCUGCACAACCACUGUCUCCUCUUCCGAGCACUCAGACGCAGAGACCGAGUCAAUUCCCAACCCUGCCGCUGAUUCUUCUCCGCCGUCGCCGUCAUCUACUGCGCCCCUCGCCGGCGAACCGGUGGUGUUUGAUCGCCCACUUGAGGGUGGCAUCGAUAUCGGCGUUUAUAAGGCGAUAUUGGUGGGUAAGGUGGGGCAGAGUCCAUUUCAGAAGAAAUUGAAGGGAGGGAGGACGGUGACUCUGCUCUCUCUGGGAACGGGAGGGAUUCGCAAUAACCGUAGGCCUCUGGAUAAUGAGGAGCCCAGAGAUUAUGAGAAUCGAUGUGCUGUUCAAUGGCAUCGUGUCUCGGUUUACCCUGAGAGAUUGGGCGAUAUUGUCAUGAAAAAUAUUGUGCCCGGGUCAAUUGUGUAUCUGGAGGGAAAUCUGGAGACCAAAAUAUUCACGGAUCCGAUAACUGGCCUCGUGCGCCGUGUAAGAGAGAUUGCUAUUCGUCGAAAUGGGAGAAUCGUGUCCUUGGGAGGAAAUGACAACGCCCGGAAAGCUAGCCCUCCAGAGCUAAAAGGUGUUGGAUACUACUAG